GGAAGCAGAAUGAGAUUUGAAACAAACGUCUAGAUUUCCGACGAAGACGUUAUGGGUUGCGGAGGAUCAAAAGUAGAUAAUCAACCAAUUGUGAUUCUCUGUAGAGAACGGAAGGAACUGAUUAAAGCGGCGUCGUAUCAUCGCUCUGCUCUCGCCGUCGCUCACCUAACUUACUUCCAGUCUCUCUCCGACGUCGGCGAAGCUAUUCAACGUUUCGUUGACGAAGAAGUCGUAGCUGGUUUUUCGUCUUCUUCUUCGCCGGAUUCUCCAGUUCUUACACUUCCGUCCGACGAAGGAAAGCCGAAGAAACACAAGAGGAUUUCUCCUUCUUCAACCACUUCGAUUUCUCAUUCCAUCAUCGAAGAAGAAGAAGACACUGAUGAUUCGCAUUUGCAUCUAAGUUCCGGAUCUGAAUCCGAAUCCGAACCCGAAUCAGAAGCUGGAUCUAAGAAUCAUAUCCAAAUUACUACUAGCAGUCCAGAACCAGAACGGUCAACGGAAACAUUUCCGUCCGGUUAUCCAACAAACUAUGCUCCACCGGUUUACCCACCCGGUUAUCCACUCGGUUACCCACCCGGUUAUUCACAGGGUUAUCCGCCGGGAUAUCCACCGGGUUACCCGAAUUUCAGUGGUGAGAAUCCAUACGCAAAUCGAGGAAUGUAUUUCAUGAAGAAAUCUGCGCCACAAUCACGACCGUUCAUCUUCCAACCGGAGAAUCAUCGAGUGGAGAAUGCGCAAUGGUCGUCCGAUUCUGGAUUUGGAAACACAGGAGUGCAACGGAGAUCGCCGUCUCCGUUACCUCCUCCGUCACCGCCUACGGUUUCAACUUGGGAUUUCUUGAAUGUGUUUGAUACCUAUGAUUAUAGCAACGCCCGUUCUCGUGCUUCGGGAUAUUAUCCGAUGGGAAUGGCGUCAAUCUCAAGCAGUCCUGAUUCCAAGGAAGUUAGAGAAAGAGAAGGAAUUCCUGAGCUGGAAGAAGUAACAGAGCAAGAAGUUAUCAAGCAAGUGUAUAGACGUCCAAAGAGAACAGGAUUGGAGAAGGUUAAAGAACAUAGAGACGAGCACAAGCACAACGUUUUUCCUCAGAGGAACAUUAACAAAAGAGAAGAAACUUUGAGGGAAGUGCCAAUGCCAGAACAAGUCACUGAGAGCUCCUUGGAUUCAGAGACAAUUUCGUCGUUUUCAGGGAGUGAUGUGGAAUCGGAGUUUCACUAUGUUAAUGGUGGUGAAGGAAAGAGCAGCAUCAGUUCAAUCAGUCACGGGACGGGGACAAAGAGCUCGAGAGAAGUAGAAGAACAGUAUGGGAGGAAGAAAGGAGUGAGCUUUGAGUUGGAGGAAACAACGAGCACUUCGUCUUUUGAUGUUGAAUCUUCCAAGAUAAGUAGCUUAUCCAGUUUGUCGAUCCAUGCCACUAGGGAUCUCAGAGAAGUUGUCAAGGAGAUCAAGAGUGAGUUCGAGGUUGCUUCUUCUUGUGGGAAGGAGGUUGCUUUGUUACUUGAGGUCGGCAAGUUGCCUUAUCAGCAUAAAAACAAUGGUGUUAAAGUUAUCUUAUCCAGGAUCAUGUAUCUGGUAGCACCAUCCACACGGUCAUCGCGCUCUCCGCCCAGACUAUCAAUCCGUUUAACAUCUAGGACACGGAAAAUGGCAAAAGCAUACAAUGGACAAGAUGUUAAUGGAGGCUUCAAUGGAAACCUCUCAUCAACCUUGGAGAAACUGUAUGCGUGGGAAAAGAAACUGUACAAAGAAGUCAAGGACGAAGAAAAGCUUCGUGCCAUCUAUGAAGAGAAGUGCAGGAGACUAAAAAAAAUGGAUAGUCAUGGAGCAGAAUCUAUCAAGAUCGAUGCUACUCGGGCAGCCAUUAGGAAGCUUCUGACCAAAAUCGAUGUCUGUAUAAGAUCUGUUGAUUCUAUUUCCAGCAGAAUCCAUAAACUUAGAGAUGAAGAAUUGCAGCCACAACUGACACAGUUAAUUCACGGGUUGAUAAGAAUGUGGAGGUCAAUGCUGAGGUGCCACCAGAAACAGUUUCAUGCGAUAAUGGAGAGCAAGGUUCGAUCUCUGAAAGCGAACUCAAACUUACAAAAAGAGUCUGGCUCGACAGCAAUUCUUGAUCUUGAGAUAGAGCUUAGAGAAUGGUGCAGCAGCUUCAACGACUGGGUCAACAGCCAGAAAUCAUAUGUCCAGUUCCUAAGCGGAUGGCUCUCGAAAUGCCUUCACUAUGAACCCGAGGCAACCGAUGACGGAAUAGCUCCUUUCUCUCCUAGCCAGAUCGGUGCACCGCCCAUAUUUAUCAUAUGCAAAGAUUGGCAAGAAGCAAUGUGUAGAAUAUCUGGAGAGAAUGUGACCAAUGUAAUGCAAGGUUUUGCUUCAAGCCUACACGAGCAAUGGGAGAAACAAGAAGAAGAGCAAAGAGUAAGAGCGCAAUUUGAGCAGCGAGAUGCAGAGUCAGAGAGAAGUGUGGUUUCGAAAGGUCGGUCAGAGAGCGGGAUAUCGGCUUUGGAUGAUUUGAAAGUGGAUUUAGAUUCAAUGAGGAAGAAGCUAGUAGAGGAAAGAGGUAAGCGUAAAGAAACCAUUAAGCUUGUGAACAACGCGUCUUCGAGUAGCUUGAAAGCUGGUUUAGUUCCCAUUUUCGGGGCACUGAGAAAAUUCACAUCAGAAGUUGUGAAAGCUCAUGAAAUUGUUAGGCUUCAACAUCCUCAGACUUCUUCGGCUUGAGUAGAGAUUGUGGAGUUACCACAUUUUUGCACCGUUUUGAAGUUUCGUUACUUAAAAAUUAGAUAUAGGUUUUAUAGAGAAGAAAAUUGUUGUAUAGAU